AAAUCGCGGUUGUAAAAAAAAUAUUAUUUUCCAAAAUUCCAAUUUUUAUAUAAACAUAUAUUCAAUCAAAAAACGGUGUCUAAACAUAUAUGUCCCUCACAAUGGUAUGUUCCGUGUGUUUCCUUGUUUUUAGAAUAAUUAGUUUGAAAAUUAAAAUAAAUCAACCUAACAUCAAUGAUAGAAUAAACAGAACACGAAACUCUUUACUAAUCAAUGUACAUAUUUUUUGAAUUCUAACAAAAGGGAAAAAGCAUUUACUUCAAGAAAUGUGUAGAAACAUAAAAACGAUAAGAAGUACGUUUGAAUGACUAUAUACACACGUAAAAUGAAAGUAAAUAUUACACAUGUCUCUGGCAUGUUUUUUCUUCACAAAACCCAAAUUUGUCAUUUUUAUGAAAAAACACCCGUCUCCCUAUUUGGACAAACGUUAAUAAGUACGUUUAAAUUAUUAGCCUUUAGUUAGACCGUCAACGGCCAGAGAAAGUUCAAAAGGUCAACUUAUUCUUAUUAAUCUGUAAGCGCUUAGAGAAGAAAACAAAAAAAACUUUAAAUAUAUAUUUUAAAAUGCUGAUUUUUCUGCGACCAAAAAUUCUUCAAGCUUCUGCUUCAGCAUGGCCGCAGUCCAAUGACUGAAACAAGUAAAAAGAUUUUUAGAAAAUAAAAAACAACCGUGGGGAUUAUAAAAAGAUUUCAAGAGAUUUGGCUGUUGUUUCUAACAUGUGGAGAUACCUUCUAGGCUUAACUUCACGCGCUGGUUGAAAAUCAUAAAAAAAAUUCUGGGGUCGUUACAUUUGACUAAAAAUUCUUCAAGGCGGUGCCCAAGCAUGGCUGCAGUCUAGUGACUGAAACAAGUAAAAGGUGAAAAAAAAAAAAACGAAAAAAUAAUCGAAAAAUAUAACCGUGGAGCUUUUGUCCACUUUCACACUUUAACGAUGGGGCUUUUGUCCUACACUCACGACAGAUAUGUAGUUAAAAUUAUCAAGUUCCCCAUGACAGGUAGUCUUUCCCCUCAAUUUUUAAUUAGUCUAUAUGGCAACGGGACAUUGAUAAGUAUAAUGGUUUCAAGGCAUUUUGAAACGAGAGGACAUUAGUUGAUGCUUUGAUGCUAGUACUUGGGUGCUAUUUUAUUUUAUCAACCCUAAACGGAUGAAAAGAAGCUUGACCUUGGUGAGAUUUGAACUCAAAAUGUAAAAUUGAUAGAAAAAUGCCCUCUGGUAUUUUUCUGACAUAUUUACAAUUCUACCAGCUGCCUGGUAGAAUCGAAACCCACAAGAGUACCUCUUUUCAUAGUAUUCCUGUUCUACCCAAACGUUUGAUUCUAUUUCAAGUGGGAUAAAAAAAUAAAAACCCUUAGCCUAUAAGGGUUACUAGUAUAUGAUCAUAUAGACUUCAAAGGGGUUGGUAUUGGUCUGCAUCAGCAAGAUUUAUAUUACACAUUAAAAUUAAUCAAAAAGAUUACAGGGAACUUGUGAGGAGUGGAAAAUCUAAUGUUUUGUACGGUGUCUUUCAAAGGAAAAGUUUACAGGAGAGAAAUUAAUGGGACACAACAGAGUUUUACAUCCCGUCUGUUAAAAAAAAAACUGGCUGCAUCUGAUAAGGAAUGCAGGACCAAGUGAGCUUCACCUGUGAACAGGAAGUGGUAGGAUAAAAAGUAUAAGAAAGAAAAAUGGAAUGAGAAGUAGGUAAAAUCAGUAGGGAGAUGAAGACAAAAGAUGAGGAGAGAGGAAGUUGGAAGAUAAGAAAGAGUUUACACACAUACAUAAUUACAUUUUAACAUGCACUUUUUCACGCUUGCAUGUGUCAAACAUAAUUUGUCAAGGCAGACUUUCUGUAGCUGGAUUCCUUUCCUGUUGCCAACCCUUAUCUGUUUGUGAGCAAGAUAAUAUUUAUGUGUGUGUGACUUCCAUACUGUUUCCAUCUCCAAAUUCUUCUUGUAUGGCAUCAGUCAGUCUGUGACUAUGCUAGUAAACACUUUCUUGGAGUGCCACAAACUGGGUUUAUCCUAAUCUCAACCUAUUCUCUGCAUCAUGAUCUGAAAUGUAAAAUGUUUUCUACCCUGUUGAUAGAGGCUCGAUUUAUCCAAUGUGUAUUUGCUUCCAUUACUGCCCGCAUAUUUUGGUGAACUACAUCUACCAUCGGUAUGAUAGAACUCUGAGCCCUCAGAAACAGCUGUUGGACUUAUGACACCUUACUUCUUCCCUUUUGAUUUUCUCUGUCAUUUUAUAUUCUGUAAAAUUACACCUAUAAUUCUAAAUACAGAUGAAAAUAUUCAGGAGUUGCUAAAAUCAGAAUCUUCUAGUUUUGAAAAUGAAAAUGUCAGACUCAAUUUUCUUCGUCAUAUUGCAAAUAUUUUAACUUCAAAGAAUCAAGAGAAAUGCUCGUCAGAUAGUAACAUUUUCUGUUGUUUGGAGCUGAUUAUGACAGAAUUCCUCAAAGCUUCAAAAUCUGAAAAUUCAAAUGAAAAUAAAGCAGAGAAAAAAUUAUUAAAUAAAUGUCUGUUAACAUUUUUACAGCAGAAAUUAGCCUUUGGGUUGUAUAAAAGAGUCUUGGCAUCUGUCACAGAUGUUAUCUCCUGUCUUGAAAGGCCCUUGCAACUUUCAGAUUUUUUAUUUAAUUCGUUUAAGAUGGGAGGUUCCGUUAGUUUGCUGUCAUUAAAUGGAAUUUUCAUAUUGAUGGAUAAACACAACUUAAAUUAUCCUGAUUUUUAUAAAAAACUCUACUCCUUAUUGGAUCCUGCAAUCUUUCAUUUCAAAUACAGAGCAAAGUUUUUCAGCAACUUGAACCUCUUUCUGUCGUCAAAAUAUUUACCUGCAUAUAUGUUGGCAGCUUUUAUAAAAAGACUUGCCCGAAUAUCUUUAUAUGCCCCGACACAUGCGCUUGUCCCCACAAUACCAACUAUUUACAAUCUUAUUAACAGACAAAAUGCUUGUAAAGUUUUGAUCAACAGAACUGAAGGACAAACAGAAUAUAGCAGUGACCCCUAUCUUCCUGAUGAGGUUGAUCCUGUCAAAUGUUGUGCCUUAGAGAGCAGUUUAUGGGAACUGCGGGCUUUACAGAGUCAUUACUGCCCUAAAGUAGCUGUCGACAGUCGAAAGGUAAAUCAACUGAAAAAAUCUCAAAAGGAUUUGUCAGAUAUAUUAGAGACCACCACAGAUGAUCUAUUUGCAAAUGAAAUUGAGAGAGGUGAGAAGUUGAAAGAAGUACCUGUAAACCAGUCCUGUCCUUCUGGAAUUUUGACGAAACAAGAUAUGAAAUAUUCAUUUUGGCGUGUAGAAUAAUUUGUACAAGGAUCUUGGGUUUUCAAUAAAAAGAUAAAAGUUUAAA